AAGUAAUCACGUGACACAACAAGUUUCUAAACUUUUAUUUAAAAGUUAUCUCAAGGUAAAGACGUCACAAACGGUGUUUUAUUCAACGAAAACGAUUUUAAUUUAUCCAAAAAUGUUCAAAGUGGAUGAUGCAACUGUGGAACAAGUUUUAAAAAAAUUCAACAGAACCAAAAAAUCUCUAGAUGAAGAUGUAACAACAAUAGAAAAAUGGUUGCAACAGCAGCCGCACCUGCUUGUGCCGCUAGACCGAAGGAGCAUUUUGAACUUCCUCAUCCUCAACAAAACGAGCGUCGAAAAAUCUAAACAAAAAAUCGACAAUUAUUACACAAUUCGAACCCACAUGAGAGAGAUUUACGAAGAAAUGAAUCCGGAACUUCCGCAUAUGAAAGAAACUCGACAGAUACUAUAUUUUGUUCCUCAUCCUCAGCUGCUGGACCAUCGCAGGGUAUUUCUUAGCAAAGUACGUGACCAAGGUUUGGUUCAAAAUCUCGAUCCUUAUAAUGCGUUGCGUUGUGCUAUGAACAUACACGAAAUGAGACUGAGGGAAGAUGUAUUGUAUGGCGAAAUAUUCAUUGUGGAUUGUAGUGAUUUCCCUUUAUCUUAUUUCCUGAAAGUUACACCUAAAUAUCUUGUUUAUAAUGUAAUGACUAUUUACAAAAAAAUUUAUUCCCUUCGUCUGCAUGCUUUGUAUUUCAUUAAUUUUCCUUCUUUUGGAGAGAAGCUAAUAACUACAAUGAAAACAAUUAUAAAACCGAAAAUAUUUGAGAGGAUCCACGUUCUUUCCGACAGUAAGAUAUUGAAACAGGUUUUCUCAGAAGACUUUCUUCCUGAGGAUUUUGGUGGUAGAGGUGCAUCUCUUGAAAAAUUACAAGAAACUUUGGAAAACGAGUUCAAGGAACACCAGGAGUUCUUCGAUGAUUUAGAGAACUUCAAAGUUGACGAAGCACUUCGCCCGGAAAAAUUACGAAACGAUGAACUGUUGGGUUUCUAUGGUAAUUUUAGAAGGCUGGACAUCGACUAGUGUGGUUCGAAAUUAUGGCAAAUUUGGGUGUACCUUGGGUUAGAUUAGAUUUUUGGUUUGUGUUUUACAGUAGAGUCAAAAAAUAACAAACAAAUCUAAAACGGUACGGAGGUUUAUAUUCGCUAAUUAACGGAGUUUGGAUGUUUUGAUAUUGUACCUGUUCACAAUUAAAUAAAAUAAAUUAAUGCGACCUUAUGUUGUU